GAUCCAAACAAGUAAUUCAUACAAAAUGAAUGAGAUUUUGGGGCAUUUUUUUUGUUUUUCAGUAAUUUUUUGGAUCGGUCAUCAUUUUUGCGAUAUUCAAUCUGUGAAUAUGAUCGAGUUAUUUGAUGGAAUCAUUCAGAAAACACGUAAUAUGUGCGGAUAAAACCAUUCAUUUCAGCAAUAAAACUCAUUUUCCACGGAUCACAAAUGUUUCUUUAUAUUUGGAAUACAUUGAAAUCAUAACAUACUCAUCAUAAUAACAAAUCGAAAGAAAUUGAUUUUAAAACUAAAAUUUGUGAUAAAAACACAACAAAUCUCAUCAUUUUCAUGUUCAAUAUCAACAUUUUAUUGUCAAUCAUUGUCUGAACUGAAGAGAAUACAGUCGAAUUUAAAAAUCGCACUGUCGAUCUAGUACGGUGAUUGUGAGUCGCGUGUGCAAGCCCAAAGUCAAAGCAUCGAAAAGAAGAGGUGAAAAAAAUCAAUUCGCAGUGUUUUCUCUCGGUAAAGAGAGUGAAUGUGUUUAUGACAUUUGCCGAUGUCAAAUAAAAAUUUUGCUAUUCGCAAUAGGCACUUCGAUAAUCAUAUAACCUAUAGUCGAAAAGGUUUGGUUAUUGUAUUAAAAUACACACCGGAUACAAAUACACAACGAGUUAAGUUAGAGUGAGAUAGAGUUGAACACCAUGCAAUAAUGUGUAUUUGUCUCAUGAACGAAACGGUGAGUGCAUUUGGUUUUGAGAGUCAAUCUGUGCCUGUGUGAGAUAGAGAGAGAGGGAGAGAGAAGAAAAACAGAAUAAGUGUAAAUGCAUUGUGUAAAUAAUGAAAUAAAGUCGACAGCAACAGUGAGUGAUGGAAUCAGGCGCGUUUUGUAUCAUACAUCAUUUGAAAAGCCACUGUGUGUCCAAUUCGAAUCGAUUCAUCUAAAAAUGGUGUGAAUUAAAAUUGAAGCGACCACAACGAAAGAAACAACAACACAAAUCAUUGUCGUCGUGCCGCUCUCACGGACGGUUGAGUAUUGCCAAAGUGUUGUGUGUAUUUUGUUCUUCUUUUGUUGUUGUUGAUAGACACGCUCUGUAUUUUUCAAAUGACCGAACAAUUCGAAGCCGAUCAAUUGAGACAGCACCGUAGUGAUUGAGACGAGACGGACGCGCGCGCGAUUUGUUUUUUUUUUAUUAAGAGGGAUGAAAUUCGAUAUUCCCAAGUAUAUAUACAUAUACGAUGGUCGUGUGUGGCUUCAAAUGGUUGAUUCAUAUAACGUGUAAAACCCACAGUUGAAGUGAGUGAUUUGAUAAACAUAAAAUGUGCUUAAUGUUUUUGGUUUGAGUCAUUCGCAUUACAAACAGAGACUCUCGUUUCGCUGAAGCACACAUUUUUUAUUUGCGCGUUCACUCAAUUAAUUCCAAUUAUGGUAAACUAAAAUCAGAUAACAUAUUGAAUGACAUUCGAAUCCGGGAGAGAGAGAGAGAGAGAGAAAAACAGUUUUCCGUUUGACAUAGUCGUGAAAUAACAAAUAAAACAGCCAGUUUUGUGUCUUAUAUUCCGUGAAAAAAUAAAGUCAAUAAGAAUCAAGUACAGAAGAACAAGUUGAUAACAAAGAUAAAUGGCAUUUGAUGUUACUCAUUCAAUAAAUGUAUGAUAAUCCGGUCAAAAUUGCCGCCAUACCAAAGAACCAAAACAAUUAAUCAGACGUCGAAGAAGCAGAAAAUGAUUUCACAAACAAUACUCAAGGAUUUGCCCAGCGGCACCGAACUGCUGGAAAACCAAGUGGCCGGACACACAUUUCAAAUCGGAACGGAUGAAAUCGGUAUGCUCAAAGAUCAACAGGAUGGUUCUGUGUUGAAGGCGGCAGUGAAACCGGUCUGUGGAGCGCGCGAAAUCAAAUUUUACGAAAGUUUAAGGCGAAAUUUAAGCGAUCCAAGUAUUGAGGCGUUGCGAAAACUGGUGCCUGAAUAUCGUGGAACGGUGAAAAUGCCAUUUCGCGGUAAAGUCAUUGAUUUCAUCAAAUUGGCCGAUUUAACACACGAUAUGGGCGAACCAUGUGUGAUGGACAUCAAAAUUGGCAAACGUACUUGGGAUCCGCUUGCAACGCAGGCAAAAAUUUUAGCGGAAGAACAAAAGUAUGAAGCGUGCAAACAAAAUUUAGGAUUUUGCAUUCCGGGCUUUCAAGUGUACGACAUUAAAACUGGCCGUGUCAAGAGAUUUGGCAAAGAAUAUGGCAAAAAGUUGAAUCAGAAGACGGUUAAAGAUGCGCUGAAAAUCUUCUUGAAUGCCGAUACUCAACUGUCUAGGCUAUUGCUAAUGAAAUUUCUAUCAACAUUAUGGUCAAUACAGACGUGGGCGAGAUCACAAACAUCGUUACGUCUUUACUCAAGUUCCUUGCUACUGGCUUAUGAUGCGAAGCGAUUGAAAAGCCAAUUAUAUUGCAAUCGAAAUUAUAGCAAUAGUUCCACAGUCAGCUCACGUUCAUCAUCAGUGGACAGCUCUUCCAAAUUGACGCCAACGUCGUCCAGCGGAAAUGAAUGGCAAACCGCAUCGCACACAAAUUCGACCAGCGAAACAACAAUCAAUGCCAACAACGGAUGCUUCAAUCAUUCAACCACAAAUGACAGUUGCAACGGCGGCGCCGGCGAUUAUGCCAACGUUGUCAACGAACCAAUUCAAUUUUACAAACAGCUGCAAAGAAGCCAUUCCACGCAAAACAACUAUGAAGAGGAUAUGAAGAGCAUUCGCAAAGAUUAUGAUUUGUAUUUGGAUAAUUUGGUGGAUGAAUGUAAUGCGACCGGUGCCAGAGAAUGGGCAUUUGUGAAAAUGAUUGAUUUUGCUCAUGUAUUUCCCGCUGACGACGCAUCCAUCGAUACGAAUUACAUGUUUGGCAUCGAAAAUCUAGUGAAAAUCUUUGAAGAAUUUUUACGCGAAUGUGAUCAAUGAAAAGGAAAAAUUAAUCAAUUUUUUUCGAGUCAAUUUUUUUUUCUAUUCUAUGUGCAUAAAACUGAAAACGCUCAACAUAUGUUUUAUAGCUUUAGAGAGAUCAUAUGGUAACAACACCCAUCAACUGAAGAAAAGAAAAAUAAUGUAAAAUUAUCAACAAAUUCGUGACGUUAUGUCGAAAUAAAUACCAAAUUAGCUAAUAAGAACCAAGCCAAUCAAUUUUAUCAAACAAAAACAAAGAAAAUGUCAAUGAAAAGAAGACAAAAACGAUUUCACUAUAUUGAAUAGAACAUAUGAUUUGUUUGAAAGCGUGUUGGAAGUUUUUUUUUUGUUGUUGUUUCUGUAGUCCCGAAACAUUUUUUUCGGUGAAACGAAAAAUUGACGAGAACAAAACAUACGAGGGUGACACGCUAGUCAAACAAAUGGUCCACCAAAAAGAAAACACAAACAUGAAUGUAACAAAAAAAUACACUUUUUAUGGGGUUAAGGAUAUCGUUUUUUUUUUAAAUUUAAAUCAGAGUUUAUUUUGUUUUUGUUUCGUCCAAUCAAUGACGUUUUUAUUCUAAGCGAUUUUUGACUAAAGAAGAAAUUAAAAAUCUUUAAACCAUUACAUUUGACUAUAGUAAAUGUGAUAUUUUCGUGGCGUAGAUAUAGUAUAACAUCACUUUUUGUGUAUGUGUGUGCGAACAAGUAGUGGCCGCCAUGGCAUUAGACACGUUCAUGGUUUUCACUUACCAAUUACAUCAAACACACAGGGUUUUUGUAUAAAAAAAGAAUAAAAUUUAUUACAUCAACAAAA